AGCAGCCAAGCAGCUGGAAAGGCAAGGCAGAGAGGGAGGCUUUGCAGCCAUGGGGGAGACUUUCCUGCGAUGCCCGCUGCGCACCCCAAGGGGCCGCUUCUUGGUCUCUCUGCCCCCUGGAGGGCACUUCUUGCUGGGCACCCCAGAGCUGGUGUGCCAGGGCAGCGCCCCAGGAUUCUGCAUCCCUACCCAGGAGAUGGUUACUGUGAAGCUUGGAGCAGCUAGCAGUGGAAAGGAAGCCACAGGCCCCGCAGGAAAUGAAAACCGUUUCACUGUAUUCUUUGUACAACGGGAGAAGCAAGAGCGUUGGAGCCUAGGCUCACUGGAGUUUACUGCCCCACCCACAUCACAGAUGGCCAUGCGCUGGGUCAAUGCUCUACAGAUCUGGAUUCGUCACCACGGUAUUACACGACCCAGGAGUCUUCUUAUCUUCAUCAACCCAGUUGGAGGGCGUAAGCGGGCAGUGGAGAUCUACCAAAAUCAGGUGGCCCCACUUUUCACCCUGGCUGGGAUUUAUGUUCAAGUUGUGGAGACCUGCCGUGCUAAUGAGGCCCGUGACUAUAUCCUGCACCAUGACCUCUGUGAUUUUGAUGGGUUGGUGAGUGUCGGGGGUGAUGGUACUUUCAAUGAGGUCAUGCAUGCCUUGCUCGAUCGGACACAAAGAAAGGCAGGGAUUCUGGAGGAUGACACUGAGGCAGAGUUACUGUCCCCAAGACUAAGAAUUGGCAUCAUACCUGCAGGUUCUACAGACUGUGUGUGUUUUGCUACUGUAGGAACAAAUGACCCUGUCACCUCUGCUCUGCACAUCAUUAUAGGGGACUCCCAGCCCCUUGAUGUCUGCAGCAUUUGGCACAAUGGAAAGCGCCUGCGGUACUCUGUCUCCCUGGUUGGUUAUGGCUUCUAUGGUGAUGUAGUGAGCACCAGUGAGCAACACCGUUGGAUGGGGCCAAUGCGCUACACCUAUGCAGGAGCUAAGGCAGUGCUGAGUAACCGCAGCUAUGAAGGCACAGUGGAGUUCCAGUUGGCUAGGACAGAAGAGUCCAACCCACGAGAUCAGAAGCGCUGUCGGUCAGGCUGCAUGGUCUGCUCAGAGACUAGUAAAUAUCCGUCAUCUGGAAGUGAGGAAGAAAAGCCACCUGAAUUGCAGAAAUAUACAGAUGGUGAAUGGCAGCGAGUUCAGGGCCGCUUCCUAGCAGUCAAUUUGACAAGCAUGAGCAGUGCCUGCCCGAAAAGCCCCGAAGGUCUCUCGCCCUGUGCCCAUCUGGCUGACGGAACUGCAGACCUCAUCCUGGUCCACGAAUGCCCCAUGUUCUCCUUUCUGCGGCAUCUGACUCGACACACCAAUUGCUCAGACCAGUUUGACCUACCCUUUGUGAGUGUGUACCGGGUUCGGGCUGUUCGUUUUACCUCCUCAAAAAUAGAGGACUGUGAAGGAGAGACAGCUGUGCCAGAACAGAGGGGGCUCUGUCGAAGAGUCUGUCAAGGGAAGGCACCCGUGAGCUGCUGGACCUGUGAUGGCGAGACCUUGAAUCAUCCAGACAUAAGCAUCAGAGUGCACAGGAGCCUCAUCCAACUCUUUGCCCGUGGCAUUGAACAAGUACCCUGUACCUCCUAGACACUUCUGCUAAUGAGAGCCCAUUUAAUGGAAGGGUAACACAAUGGUGUGGCUGCAGCAGAGGAUCUGUCAGGCAUACAUCACGAAAGACCCAGCCAGGCUGGUAUGCCUACGCCAAUGUGUGCAAAACUCCACGUGGAAAGGGAUUAGAGGUCUGGAUCAUCACACCGAGUUGCAGAAGUGCUAUCUCCUAGCCCUUGUUUUGCUUGCUGUUCUGAACUGAAAAGAGCAGGCUGGUGGCACCACAGGCUCCAACUGUUUCAUCAUCAAUGGCUUUCAUUGCAGCUAUAUAAUUAAGCCACACUGGGACUCCAGCGUCAGAAUAAAUGCUUGUUGCUGGUAGGUUUGUAAGCAUAGCAGUCUUUCGUUCCCUCAAGCUUCAGAUGACCCAAAGAAAUACAACCAGGGAGCCUUGUUAAGUGUUUCCAU